AGACAGAGAAGAAGAGAAGCACAACAACUGCGGAUCAGUCGCUGGGCGCUUUAUUGUGGCAACCUGACUAUCAACACAGCACCUCACCAGUAUACAGCAUAAUACAGCAUAAUAUACCAUAAUAUACCAUAAUACACAGUUACUGAACAUUUACUGAGCAUUUACUGAACGUUUACUGGUUUACUGAGUUGCUGCUGAGCUCCUUCAGAAGAUGAAUAUCUGCAGAAGUGAAUAAUGAAUCUUGGUGAUGGUCUUAUGUUUGAACUUGAGAAUGGGAAACCCAAGCUUGUGUUAGCCAGCUAUGAUGAGUCUAGGACCGCCAGUAAAGUGGGACACAGUCAGGUUUCUCAUAAGAACAAAGCACAGAAAAGCACCGUCCCCUCUAAGCAGUGUCCCAAAGAGCCUGAGAGACCCCUGAAAGAGAGGAAGAGUGGAGCAGCUACUCCUGCAGCUACAAACCAUGUGGAGAGGCUACCUGCCCACACCAGCAGGAAAACCAAAGUCAAGGUCAGCAAAGACCACCGCAAUGUCAUCGGGGUGGUCAGAGUGCAGUCAGAGAGCAAAACAAAGACCACUGAUGAAUCAUCCAGAGUCACGGAGAAGACUGUGAAGGAGAGCUUGGUGUGUUUAACACAAGAGCAGCUUCAGCAGAUCCUCAACUCCAUCAAGACCUCAGGGCAGAAUGUCCAAGAAGAUUCAAAAUCAACCACACAUGUUAAAAACGGAGGACUUGGUGCAAAAGAAGAACAUGCUUCCAGUGACCCUGUGAGCAGUGGAGCUGCUGAGCUUCUUCUGGAUAGCAGCAAUCACAGACACAGAACCGUACAAGAAAGAGGAGGCGAUGAUAAAAAACCAUUAAAUUCCACGGCUGGAUCAGGACUGUUCAGUACUUUAGGAGAACGAGAGCGAGAGAGAGAAGCACUGGAGGCCAAAAGGGCACAAUGGAGGAGAGAGCUAGAUGAGCAGAUGGCUCUUAAAAAGCAGCAGAAAGUGAAGACGGGGAGUACGCUUCAGAGUGAGCCUUCCGAGGGACCAAGAUCAAGUGACCAGCCUUCAGCGGUGCAGGAUGACAGAGUAACAAGGACGUCCACUAAUGGCAAUCCAGCAUCUUCACAAACCCACAGCAGCCAGAGGAAUCUUCCCUCUGCUACCCGCUCAGCCUUCAUACUGGGGGAGGCCACUCCAUUGGAGAAUGCCUUUACCGAAGAAAAGAAGCAUCAGCAGAGGCGCUGGCUACAGGACCUGGAGCAGCAGAGAGAGGAAGCCAAACUCAGGAAGAAGCUGGAGAAGCAGAGCCAGAACCAGACUGAGGACCACGAGCGCUGGGCAAUGCACUUCGAAUCCUUUCAGAGGCGUCUCGUUCCCCAGCCGCCCACGGCUCCGCCCUCAGAGCGAGGAGAGAUGGACGUGGGCAGUUCCCUCUCUCAUCACCGCUCACCCUCGGGAGUGCUGUCCACAGCCACGUUCGGAGGAGACAGUCCGGGCAGGGCCAGUGUGGACACCACGCAGGGCUUUCAGCAGAAAUCCAGUUAUUUGCGCACCAUGACUGCUCUGUUAGAUCCCAGCCAGAUCGAGGAACGAGAGAGGAAGCGUAUCAAACAGCUGGAACAUCAGCGAGCUAUCGAGGCUCAGGUAGAAGAGAGGAGGCAUCAGAAAGAGAGGGAGGAGGCGGAGCGGCGGGCGCAGGAGCUGCAGGAGGAGCGGAAGGUGGCGAGAGAGAGGGAGCUUCUCCAGCAGCAGCAUCUAAUGGACACGCAGCGGCAGAGACAGAAAGAGGAUCUGCAGUCCCGUAAAGCAGAAGAGCUGUACCUGAGUGUGCAGAGAGCUCAGGAGGAAGCUCAGAAAGACCGACACCAGCAGAGGAUCCGAGACCUGGCCAGGAAGGGCCACGACGUCUCCAACCUGCUGAGGAGACUGGAGCCCGCCCCGCCCGCACAGCCUGUCAGUGGUUCAAGUCUAGGGGGCGUGGCCACAGAGGACCCGGCACAGAGAGUGGAGGCUCCCGGCACUGCGAGACGAGACAUGGCGGUUCAGACAGAGGUCAGUGAGGUCAGCUCAGCUGGAUCAGGAAUGGCUGAUAUGGGUGUUCAUCCCAGCAGUGAUCAUCGAGCUCCGUCCGCUCCGGCUCCUCCCAACCUGAAGAGAUCCCGGCGGGACGUCCGUCUGUCUGAGAGGAACGGGGGGAAGGAGAACGUGUUCCUGGCUCUGAAGGAGGCGGACCCGUACGAGGCGUACGCUCGAACCGACAGACCCCACCCACAGCAGCCGGGCAGGAAGCCGGAGUGGAACACCCACAGACCCAGUAAACCCUUCAUCCCAGCAUCAGAGCGCUACCCCAGUGGCCUGCAGCGCCACCGGCAGGAGAGCAGGAUGCGGCGCCAGAUGGAGCUCCUGACUUUAGUGGAGAGGAACACCUUCUCCAGAACCUCUCAGCAGCAGGAUCCUCCCACACACUCCGUAAACCCCUCCCACCCUCCGCCGCCUCAGGACCCGGCUCAUAGAAAAGGGGAGGAUCCACAAAGAAGACCAUCCACCUCCAACACAGGACACAGCAGAGGGCCCUCUCCCCCCGUCCCUGCCCUGAAACACAGACCCCAGCAGAUCCAGCAGCCAGAAGAUCCUGAAGGAGCUUCAGAGAUCACAGACUGGCCUCCAUCCUCCGACUACAUCCCGUACGUCCGCACUGACGAGGUGUACCACCUGGACCCCCUCGCCCCCAUCUCCAGACCCACCACCCGCGAGGCCCCACCUAGAACACACGCAGAUGUAAUCGGCAGCAGACAGCCCACCCCUGUGGUCCAGCGGGACCCUCUACUCCACCCAGAGCUGCUGAAGAGCACAGAGAGGCAGCAGGCCAUUCUCAAAGGCUUAUCUGAACUCAGACAGGGCCUCCUGCAGAAACAGCGAGAGCUGGAGAGCAGCCUGAACCCGUUAUUAGCGGGACAGAGCAGAACCCACUCACCAGCGUUCCAGCCAAUGUGAGAGAUUACACUCAGUACCUCAGCACUUUACCCUCUCAGCUCCUACAGAGAAUCACUAAUACAUCACAACUGAAGAACCUAAAGAGUCAUUUCUGCAGUCAGAAACUGAACACUGAACUGAUUCAGAUCCGUCCGGCGCUUUUUCCUCCUUCCUCUCUGUUCUGAACAGUAUUCGUGUAUUUGUGUUGUUCCUCGAUGUAUUGAAUGUAGAGGGAUGUGGUCAUUAGGGGGUUAAUUUUAUUGAUUUAUGGUAUUAUUUAUUGGGUUGCUGAUCUCGACUCAAGUUCACUUGAACUGAAUCUUUGACUUGACAAUGUGAAUCUUUAACCAGCUACCUUAAAGUUUUGAUGUGAAAUAAAGUAUUUUGGAUUUUCUUA